AUGAGUGGCACUUCAAAGCAACAACCGGGUGAUGGUGGCAAAAGUCCACAGUGUAGCCGGUCAGUAUUACUGGAGGAAGAAGCUGAUCAAAUAGUUAACUCGGGUGGAGGAGAAGUUGCUCUAAAGAAAGGUAUCGAAGCUGAUCAAAUAGUUAAUACGGGUGGAGGAGAAGUUACUCUUAAGAAAGGUAGCACUUCGACGCGAAAAUUUAAAGUGUCAUCAUUAUCAAGUGGCAGUGAUGUUCGUAAAAGGUCAAAGCUUAGCCAGUCAAUAUUACCGGACGAAGAAGCUGAUCAAAGAGAUAAUGCGGGUGGAGGAGAAGUUUCUAUAAAGAAAGGUCCAUGGACAAAGGAAGAGGAUGAAAAUUUGAAAGAUCAUAUUAAAAAGCAUGGAGAGGGAAACUGGAAAGCAAUCCAAAAGGAAUCAGGACUUGCUCGCUGUGGGAAAAGCUGUCGUCUCCGAUGGUCAAAUCACUUGAGGCCAGGAGUGAAAAAAGGUUCGUUUAUUGCCGAAGAAGAACGCCUAAUCAUUGAGUGCCACUUUCUGAAGGGAAACAAGUGGGCUCAUAUGGAUACAUUGUUGCCUGGACGUACAAAUAACGAGAUAAAGAACUUUUGGUACACAAGAUCUAAGAAACGGAAACGAGAAGGCUUACCAAUCUAUCCUGAUGAGAUAACAUCCAAAUAUUUGUUAAAUGACAGUAAAGAAAGUGCUGACACAUUGGAAAAUGAAUCCAACCAACAUGAUGAAACUGAAACCUUCAACUUGGAUAUAUCUGACUUGGACCUUAAAUAUUACAAAUUCCGCCCAGAUAUGAUGCCACCACUUUUUGAUUCUCAAGAUUACAAACCAAUUAGCCACUUGGUUAGAUAG